AUGGUUCAAUUUCUGCAUGUCAGGGAGGAGCGAGGUGCCGGGAUCUCAGGAUCUUGGAGUUCGUGUCACGCAGGAAUCAGUUGUUGUGGAUUAGGGGAUGCCGAUGCAGCAAGUGGAGGAGAAGACCACAAGCCUCGUGCUGACACUGCCAGCACAGCUGUAGUGAGCUCCUCAGCCGGUCACACUUCUACAUCGCUGGAGGGUGUGGAGGGUGUGGCGUGGGAGACUGUAGCAUUUCGGCAAGAUUUGUGGCCACUGCGCUCUUACGCUCACCACCCGGAGGAUAUCCCCUUGAUCUCAAAGUUUUUGGAGCUAACGCCGCUGACAUCAAUUGUUCCAGCUGCUGGGAAGCUUCUCUUGCGAGUCCUCAGGUUCCUGCAUAUGUGCGACUACCGCCUAGAGGACAUAUGUGCAAUCUUGGCGCAUGCCAGCGCGUAUUUCAUGGAUGUGUACAGCCAAUGUGCCGGAAUGCAGGCUACAGAGGUUGGGCACAUUCUGGCCACGUUGAUAUUUAUCGCUCAUUGUUAUGUUCAAGACGAGACUUGUCCAUUGAACAUUUGGCAGAAGCAUCUGUUCAAAAAGUACUGUUCGUUGAAAACGCUCAACUCGGCUGUCAUCCGACUCUUGGAAAUCCGCCGAUAUCGGCUGCGAUUGCCCCAGGAUGAUUUGUGGAAGCGACUGGAGGCCCUGGCAAGCUCGAUUGCGAUGUGCACGUCGAUCGACACAAGCUUCGGCAGGCAGCCACCACCCUCCUCUGGCAGUCGCUCCACAACGAGUUAUGGUAUGACAAUGCUCAGGAGCGUCGGAAUCGCUUUGAUGCCACGCCAGGUCCCACAGCUCCUCAAGCACAGAUCGCCGAAGGUGGCAAAUCCCUGCAUCCGGAAUCAAGAUGUGCCAUGA